AUGUCUCUCCUCCGCCUCCGUUCUGGCCUCUCUUUCUCCUCUCCCAUCUACCAGCUCCGCCGCCAAAUGUCUUCUCUCCUCUUCCAAAACCAUCCAACUCCCAGCCCCGACGCCGCCUUCCCCUUCCCCAUUCCGAGAGACCCUUCCUCGCCUCCCCUGAAGCUACCUACAGAUAUCAUAUCCAAGUUCGAUUACACCGUCUCCCAUGUUUUGGCCAAAGUUAAGGUCUUGAUCAAUCUGUCUAACCUCGACGCAGCCGCUGAGUACGCGCGUCUGGCUGUCUUGGCCGUUCCCAAAAGCCUUGAAGACACUAGAACCAAAGACCAAAUCGCCGAGACUUGCCAUCGUAUCAUCGGCGCAAUGUGGGGGGAGAAAAGAUUUGAGGAGGCAUACGAGCUAUUCCAUUAUUUUUUCAACGUUAACAAAGUAGAGCCAGACUGCCAUUGCUGCAGUUACGUCAUCUCUGCUCUUAGCCAGCAAGGUCGUCUUGACGAGGCUAUUUUAUUUUACCGCCGCACAAUCCCUUACGCUCAUUUUUGUCCUGAUUCCAGUUCUUUGAUGAACGCCUUGCUUGAUGCCGGAAGAGUCGACGAAGCUUACAGUCUCUUCUUUGGCGGGCGCACGUACCCUGAUUUUAUUCGUGGCUUUUUGGCUCAUGGGAACAUCGACAAGGCUAAUGGACUUUUCCAAGAUCUGAAACAGGGGGGUGAGAGUUAUCCAGACGAUGUAGCUGAGCAAUUUGAGAUGUCGCAAGUGGCAUACAUGGAGCACUGCUUUAAGCAAGGGAAAGACGAGGAAGCCAUGGAAUGGUACCGUUCUCUAGUAGCCAAAUACUGUUUGAAGCAAGACACGAAUGAUGAGCAAGGCACCGAACCUAAGUGGAGACCCAAAAUUUGGGUUACGCGUGCGGACACUGUUAACACAGUCUUGCAAAUUUUGCUCAAGCACGGCAAGAAGACGGAAGCUUGGUCGCUUUACGACAAGCUGUGUGGGACUUGCGACAUAGAACAAAAAGAAGCGGGAGCUUCAAGAGACUUGGAUCAAGAGACUCAUUGUAUAAUGAUCGGCGAGUGUUUUGAAACGGGAGAGAUUAGCAAAGCAAUGGAGAUUACCCGGAAGGAAGCUAGGGCUGGGCAUUAUGGGUGUUACGAGACCCUAGUCACUAGAUUGGUGAGACAGGAGAUGAUGACUGAGGCAGAGGAGAUGUUCAAUGAAAUGUUCUCCGUUCGCAUUCCGUUGUAUUAUCAUAUAGGGAUACAUCGAAUAAUGGUAGAUGGGUUUGCUAAAGCAGGCAAAUUCGAUGAUGCUCACCGAUUUGUUAACAAGAUUGCCGAUAUUUCUCUGGUUCACGUUUCAAGAUGCCUUCACUGCCGAUCACUUACUGGGCGAGAUUUCCUUAUCUAA